AUGUCAUCAUCAUCCGAGGCAGUCGCAUCAAUCGGGGGAAAAGUAGCGCAUCGUUUGCAGGUGUUUUUUAGCAACCGCCACGUGGUUGGCCGAGUCGUUCGACCGGCGGACGGGCACAUCGUCGCUUCGGCGUCCACGUUAGAGGAUAGGACGAGGAUCGCGAGGAGGAAGAUAGGAGACGAAGAAAAUAAUAAUAGUAAUAGUAGUAGCACUGAUGAUGAGAACAAGAGCAACCCAACAGAACAAAAAGCAGAGGGAAGAGAAAGACUCGCGUCGACGUCGGAUAAAAGCGCGUGUAAACACAUCGGGAAACUCUUAGCCGAACGAUUGAAGAAAAUCCAGUUAGAUGCGAUCAAUUUCGAAGGCUUACAAUCGAGCACGUCGAAAAAGAACGAAAAAUACAGCGGGCGACGCGCGAGUUUCCAGCCGAAGAGGAAACGGUUCGGCGGGAAGCUCUCCGCGCUUCUGGAAAGUUUAAAAGAAAACGGCGUUGAAAUUCACUAG